AUGAUUAAGAACAAAGAUCGAGACCUAGAGUAUACGAACUCUAGAGCAUGGCGACCUUUGAAGCAUAAAAAGAAAUUAGAGAAGGAGAAGAAGAUUAAAGCUCCUAAUGCUUCUAAGAAACGAUCUCUAGAGCUUAGCGAGGAGGUCAAACAAUCUCUAUACUUUUUGUUUGGAUCCGACAACGAUGAAGUAUGUUUCCAUUGUAAGAAUGAUGCUGAUGAGUUUAAUACAGUCAACUUCACUGUAACGUUUCUCCACAAAAUAUCAUCAUCUGUUUGA